GCGUUCACGAAGCUUGGCUUCCCACCUGGCGGGCCAGCGUUAUCGAGAGCUCGAUUUGUGGCUAUCCUUGAGAAGCUGUGCGCCGAUACCAACAGCGCCAGAGUUGUUCGUUACGAUCUGUUCAAGGCGGAGGUCUGUCCCCUGCUGCCGUUCUCGGAGGCUGAGAUAAUAAAGUACCGAGAGGCUUUCGAGGACUGUGAUCAUGAGCACACUGGUCGUGUUAGCCUCGCUGAGCUCAGGCUUGCACUGAAAGAUAUCAUAGCGUAG